UGUCAUGACGCUUCUCCACAAGAACUGCCAUAAAUUUGUAUGCUCCAUAGAAGACAGAUAAUAAUUAGAUCAAGAAACCUUGGAAAAAAGAUGGAAAACUCCCUUGCCACAAGGUCUCGCCAUAAAUUUUGGUUUGUUUUCUUUGUUUUCUUUGUUUCUUGGUACUUAUUGCUUUAUGGAAUUGAUUGGUCUUCUCUACCUGGAAUUGUAACAACGUCACGGUACGAAGCGAGUUCAAUUGAAUCCUUUCGUCCAACUUUUAUUCCUCCUCCAACUCCCCUUCUUGAAAAUAACGUUAGCUCAAAUUUCAAUUCUUCAAGUACUAAUAAUGCCACCACUGAUGCUACAAAGAGCGAGACGCGAUCCGGGGAAGAAUCGGUUGAUGAAAAUGACAAUGUGGUACCUGAUUUGGAGGCGCUUGAGAAAGAAUUGGAACCUUUGUUAAGAAAAAAUGAACCCAAAGAUGAAAAGGUUGAGAAAAAUGCAACUCAAGAAGAUAAAAAGGGAGGAAAAUCAUGUGAAGGACGAUAUAUAUAUGUUGCAGAAAUACCAAGUAGGUUCAAUGAAGACAUGCUGAAGCACUGUAAAUUGUUAAACAAAUGGGAAGAUAUGUGCCAAUAUUUGGUUAACAUGGGACUUGGUCCUGAUCUUGGAAACCCGCAGAGAGUUUUCUCAAGCAAAGGUUGGUUUACGACGAAUCAAUUCUCGUUAGAAGUGUUGUUUCAUAACAGAAUGAAGCAAUAUGAUUGUUUAACGAAUGAUUCUUCGAAAGCUGCAGCAGUUUUUGUGCCAUAUUAUGCAGGUUUUGAUGUUUCAAGGUAUUUAUGGGAUGAUUUUAAUAUAUCAAUGAGGGAUGCAGGUGCAAUUGAAGUUGCAAAAAUUCUUAAGGAAAAACCCGAAUGGAAAACUAUGUGGGGUAGAGAUCAUUUCAUGAUUGCAGGUAGAAUUACUUGGGAUUUUAGGAGAGGUAUUGAGGAGGAUUCUGCUUGGGGUAACAAGUUAAUGUUGUUGCCUGAAUCACAAAACAUGACAAUAUUGACAAUCGAAUCGAGUCCUUGGAACAGGAAUGAUUUCGCGAUCCCAUAUCCGACAUACUUUCAUCCUUCAAGUGACAAUGAUGUGUUCCAGUGGCAAAACAGGAUGAGGAGGCUGAGGAGGAGGGUGUUGUUCUCGUUCGCGGGGGCCCCACGUCCAAAUUUGGAGGAAUCAAUCAGAAGCGAGAUAAUGGAACAGUGUUUAGCAACUAGGCGAAAAUGCAGGCUGUUGGAAUGCAAAGACUUGCACAACAAAUGCAAUAAACCAGUUCAUGUUAUGAAGCUGUUUCAAAGUUCUCAUUUUUGCUUACAACCCUCUGGUGAUUCAUUUACUAGAAGGUCUACUUUUGACUCCAUUUUGGCUGGUUGUAUACCGGUGUUUUUUACUCCAGGUUCUGCUUAUAUUCAAUAUAUAUGGCAUUUACCAAAGGAUUACACUAAAUACUCAGUGCUUAUUCCAGAGGAUGAUGUAAGGAAAAAGAAAGUAAGCAUUGAAAAUGUACUAUCUAGAAUACCAAGAUCACAAGUAGCAGCAAUGAGAGAGGAAGUGAUAAAGCUAAUACCAAAUGUGGUAUAUGCAGAUCCAAGAUCAAGAUUGGAGACUGUUGAAGAUGCAUUUGAUUUAGCAGUGAAAGGGGUUCUUGAAAGAGUGGAUGUAAUGAGAAAAGAAAUGAGACAAGGCAAGAAUUAUAGUAUGGUAUUUGAUGAAGAAUAUAGUUGGAAGUAUUAUACUUUUGGAACUUUAGAAAACCAUGAGUGGGAUCAUUACUUUUUGAGAACCAGUAAAGAGAAGUACUAAAUCAUUUGUCAAAAGCCUUGCCCCAUUAAUACGUUAGUUGUAGUCUCUAGCUAGCUAGUUUUAUGUAAAGCAUGUAUUUAUGAUCUCAUUUCUCUUGUAAACUCUAUAGAGGAUUUUUUGUUUUCUCUCA